ACGAGGUUUGCGUCAGGUUCCGCCAUCUUGGUUUGGAAGGUCGUGCGAAGCACCUUGGAAGAAAAAAACAUCACAUUUUCACUGUUUUAGCUUCUGCCAGACCUGCCAACAUGGGAGGAGACGGUCCUCCUAAGGAGCUCAAGAUUCCAGACUGGCGGAUCUAUAAGAUCCAAGGAACGCCGCUAGAAGACGUGCAGAGAAAGUUACACGCGAAAGGACUACACGACCCUUGGCUCAGGAACGAAGCGUGGAGGUUCCAACACUUACCAAGAAUCACCUUCCCCAUGAUGGCGUUUCGUGGCUUCAAGUACGGGUUCGCCGCAUUUUUGGUGGCACUGGCCGUGGAGAAGGCUUUCUUCAGCAGUGAUGACCACGGACACCAUUAACGAACUCCAUCCUACCCAGCUUCAUAAUCAUCAACAACACCCCUGUUCUGGCCGUGGACUGGUCUGGAGUUUCCCAGAUGUCGAGAAAAUUAGGACUGUUCCACUCUAAUCCAGGGCACCAUUGACAAACUCCUUGAUCCAACCCAGCAUCAUAUCAUAAUGAUCAACAACACCCCUUUUCUGGCUGUGGACUGGUCUGGAGUUUCCAAGAUGUCAAGAGAAAAACAGGACUGUUCCACUCCAAUCCAGGGAUGUUCUUGGACAGAUUGUGCAGCUGGGAACUUGUGUCUUCGUAGUUACAUCUUGUGAUUUAAAUCAACUGAUGACAACGUUCAACUUUAUUUUCUGUAUUAUGAUA